AUGGCGGAGAUCCCUGCAAAUGCAAAUGCUGGCUGUCCUGGUGUUGGAAGUGCUGCAGCAGGAAAGGCACCCGGAUGUGCUGGUUGUCCGAAUCAAGGAACCUGUUCAACUGGUGAGUUGCCGAAACCCGACGAGGACAUCGCCAUCAUUCAAGAUCGCUUCCGUAGUAUAAAACGCAAGAUUUUGAUUCUCAGUGGUAAGGGUGGAGUAGGGAAAAGUACAGUGACCACUAAUUUGGCGCGAGCUCUUGCUAAUGAUGCAUCGAAGCAGGUAGCAAUCUUAGACGUGGACAUCUGUGGUCCAUCUCAACCGAGAAUGCUGGGUGUGGAGCAGGAAGAAGUACACGACAGUGCUGCUGGGUGGACACCGGUUUCUGUGCGUGAAAAUCUUACUCUCAUGAGUAUCGCAUUUCUGCUUGGGAACAGGAACGAUGCAGUCAUAUGGCGGGGUGCUCGCAAAAAUGGCAUGAUCAAGCAUACUUUUUCGGUGGACUAUCUUCUAAUUGAUACACCGCCGGGUACAUCUGACGAACAUAUAUCUUUGGUGCAAUUUCUUCUUCAAGCAGGGAGUCUUGAUGGAGCAGUCAUUGUCACUACUCCGCAAGAGGUUUCGCUGCUUGACGUCCGAAAAGAAGUGAGUUUCUGCCACAAAACGAAGGUGCCGAUUUUGGGUGUUGUAGAAAACAUGGCGAAGUUUGUUUGUCCACAUUGUAAGCAUACUAGCGUACUCUUCCCCUCAACUACAGGAGGCGCAGCAGCUAUGUGUGAAGAAGGAAAAUUGGAAUUAUUGGCUCAUUUGCCAUUGGAACCUGCUCUUGCUCAGACAUUGGAUAAUGGAGAAGAUUUCUUUGAUAAAUAUCCAGACUCAGCUAUGGCGAAAGCAUUUCUCGAACUGGCCAACAAAUUGGAAGUCGUCUUAGCAUAA